AUGCUACAAAGUAAGCUUUUCUCCAAGCCAGAAACACUAGGCACACCACUCCGGGGCAUCAUGCACAGACGCAACCGGCGAAUCAAUUCGCAGCAGAGUUACCACAGCGAAUGUCAACAUAAUCAGUCUGCAGAAACAACAACCACUCUGGCGAUAAUAGUAAUGGGAAUAGAGAAUUCACAGUAUGUUGAAAUGGGUCAGAAUGUUACAGUUUUGUCACAGUAUGUGGUAAUGUGUCAGAAUGUUUACAGCAUGUGUCCAAUGUGCAGAAUGUUACGGUGGUAUCACGUGUGCUUCACCUACGACCACCUGAAGCACCUGUACAACACCUUCAUCAACGGGGAGCUGGUAUGUGUAUUAGUCAGCGAUGCCAGGCGGCCAGUCUAUGGUGACUACGCUCGUGUUGGCCAGGCUGGUGUAGCCAGCACCAGCUUCAGUGGUGCUGUGUCACAGGUUAAUAUAUGGGACUCAGUGCUGAACACGAGCGUCAUAGAGGAGAUAGCUGGAUGCAGAAUAGAUCCUCAGGGUAACUACCUGUCCUGGGAGGCAGGGUGGGACCUGCAAAACAUCACGGAGUAUCAGGUUCCUCUAGGUCACUUCUGCCAGCAGACAACAGAGAACACAUACUUUGCAUUUCCCAAGCUGCCAAAAGCUCACGCAUUCUUUAUCUGUGAGUCUCUGGGCUCUCACUUGCCUCUACCCAACAACUUGGAGCAGGUUCGCUUAUUGUUCAAUAUCUCUGUCCAACUUUGGCCUGGCUACCCUAGCUUAUGUAGACACAAUUUCUGGGGUUCAGUUACCGACAGUGAGACAGAAGGCACUUGGGUCACCCACUACGAUAACUCCAUUGCUCCUUUCAUAGCCUGGAAAGAUGGGGAACCCAAUGGCAAUAUAUAUGAGAACUGCGUAUAUAUUGAGCCAUUGGGAGUAGUUGAUACUGAGUGCAUCAUUUAUUCGUCAUGUGCUGUGUGCAAAUUCCAAGAUCUGCAGAUAUUCUCCUUCCUGGGCACCUGUGAGCUGGAAAAACGCAACAUUUAUUUCAUUGCCUACCAAGAGGAUCUAGGAGAUUUGUACUUUAAGGGAUAUGGAGAGUACCAAAUCAGGAAGGUAGGUAAGGACUGGCUGUGGAUCAACGUGGUGACAAACAAGACACUAGCCAGGCUUGACCCCAACGCUCCUUUCGGCAUGCCAAUGGGUCGUCGUGUUUGGCAUCUAGAAACAACAGUUUGUGACCAAACAGAAGGUUCACGGACCUUCGUUCUCACACCUUGUAACACGAACAGUUAUACCUGUGAUGAUGCUACAUGUAUCCCUCACGAGAAUCGCUGUGACUUAAAGUAUGACUGUCUGGACCGUAGUGACGAGGCUGACUGUGAGCUUGUCAGUCAGCCUGCAGAUUACAGGAAAGAUUUGCCACCUCGUCUGGGCACUGGCAAAAAUGACUCAAGUUUACAAGUAACUCUGCACAUAAAUAUUGAGUCCGCCACAGUUUACACAACAGAGAUGACAAUGCAGCUCUCAUACGAGAUCGACAUGGUCUGGCUUGAUAACCGUCUCGACUACCGCAACCUGAAGAUGAACGACAGCCUUAAUAAGGUGGUAUACAAGACUAUGAUGAGUCUGUGGGCUCCCACUGUAGGGUUUGUCAACACUGACGACUUUCAGAACACGACGCUUGAUGAAGAAUCCUCAUUGUACCUGCAGCGGCUGCAGCCUCCUGUUACCAGGGACAACAGCGCCCCUGGUGAAGUGGAUUUGUUCCCAGGCAGGAAGAACUCUGUGUUUCUCUCCAGGAAAUACAACACAAACUUCACUUGUGACUUCAACCUGGUGUUAUAUCCCUUUGAUGUUCAGUACUGUGACAUGCGCCUCAGGAUGAUUUCAGCCUCCAAGAACUACCUCACCUUCGAUGAGGUGGCCUCUUCUGCUGCCUACUACGGCAGUGCCCUCCUGCUGGAGUACCAGCGCACUAAACCAAGAGGCCUAAUUGAUUUGAAUUGUUCGUAUCUCUAUCAAGUGCACGACAGUUUCUUUGAGCGACCCAAUUGCUUCCAGUUAGUGGAGCGGGAACUUCCCUGCUUAGCCACUGUGACCUACCUAUGCUCAGACUCUCAGGAACAUAAUCAUGUAUUUCAAGAUUCCAACGGCAUAUUACAAAUACUUUGCUUCUAG